AUGGGUCAUGAGACAAACAUAAGGUCUGUCAGAGGGCUGAGAAGGCUUACCAAAAGCAAGACCCAGGUCAUUUUCUUUGACAAUUCCUGUGUCAUGAAGAUGGAUGAGAAGGCUUUGACGCAGCUGCCCCAAUGCAAAGAAGAAGUAGAAAGUAAGAGACCGACCUUCAGGACAGGGCCAGGGAAACACGGUGCUGUAAGUGGCGGGGAAAGAAUGUUUUCCUUCAAGGAGCUUCUGGAGAUCUUCAACGAUCUGGAGAGAGGAACAGGAAAGAGGGCUUCAAAACCCACAGCUAGCAUCAAUCCCGCAGAUGCUCUAGGCAAGGAUGUUAUGCUGCAAAGGAGGCAUAUGUUUGACCAUGCCUAUGGCAACUUUCUCGAGCAGAAGAAGCAUGCUCCUACGCUUUCCAAGGAGUAG